AUGCUGCCUAUUCUCCUCACCUUUGCCAUUUUCCUGCCCUGGGGUUUGUCCUUCCCAGUCAUUCCUCCAACUCUCCAGGAUGAUUUGAACUUCUUUGAGGAUUACUUCCAUCGAUUUUUCUUCACUACAGAGGAAUCCCAGAAGUAUUCUCUGGAAGAUCAAUUGCGCUUCUUGCAGCAUUUCUUCAGGCUGGAAGAAACUGGCUGGUUGGAUGAGCCAACGAAGGCUCUCAUAAGGCAGCCUCGAUGUGGGGUCCCAGAUAUUGCUGACUAUUCUUUUUUUCCUGGGUCACCUAAAAUUGAAAGAAAUCAUGUAACCUACAGUAUCUACAACUAUCCGGUGGGCAUGAAGUAUGAGAGAGUUGAAAAGAUCAUUUUGAAAGCAGUAAAAAUAUGGAGUAAUGUGACCCCCUUGAAAUUCCAAAGAGUGUAUACAGAAAGAUCCGACAUUGAGUUUGCUUUCCUGAGAGGAGGUCAUGGUGAUGGCUUCCCCUUUGAUGGAAAAGGAAACACCCUAGCACAUGCUUUUGCUCCAAAUCCUUACUACCAAGGAGUGGUCCACUUUGACAGAGAUGAAGAAUGGUCAUAUUCUCAUGAAGGAAUCAAUCUCUUCCUGGUGGCUGUUCAUGAGAUAGGCCAUGCCCUGGGCCUGGGACACUCUCAGGAUCCAAACUCCAUCAUGUUCCCCACUUAUCAAUACCAGGACCCAAAAUACUUCAGACUUGGUGAUGAUGAUAUAAAAGGAAUCCAGACCCUUUAUUAUUCAGGGAACAAAUCCCAGAGAGUAUCCUGAAGUUUUAGACUUGUUGAAGAUGGAUACAUUUCUACAGAAAAUUUUCCUGACCCAGGAACGAAAUCAGACAACAUUCCUUAUGUUUCCUUUGA